GGUACUAUGACGAGUAUGACGACGGCGAGGUGUGUAAUAUGAAGUAUGCUAUAGCCCUCGUCUGGAGAGAAAGGGAGAGCGUUGUCGAGUAUAAGAAUGGGACCCGGUCGCCCUUCAAGAGUAGGUGUGUCUAGUUAGCUACCACAAGGACAUCCAACAACACCAGACUCACUCAAUACACACAAAACUAUACCAGUUCACCCAAUCAACCAUGUCAUCCCACGAGAACCAGACCUCCACUCCCACCAGUAACGCCUCGCUCCCCAUGCACCCCAAGCCCAAGCGCGAGGGCGAAAGCCCGGUUUCCGAGCAAUCAGACCAGGACAUUACAGAGACGGAGAGUCCCGCCGACGAGAUCGUAGCUGAUUACGAUGUGAAGCUCGGCAAAGAGGAACGGGAGGCCAUUGACACCUCCAACAUCAUCAGCGAGCGCACUCGUCAUGCUAAGCCUAUCAAUGGGAGUUAUAUCCUUCCGGAUGAGGAGGAGGAGGAGGAGGAGGAGGAUGAUGAUGGAGAUGUGCUAUUACGUGAGGACGGGACGGUUGUGUCUGCGGAUGCCGAUGUAAAUGCUGAGACUGGGGAUUAGAUGCAAUUGAUUUGAGUGGUUGUUGAUGUGAUAGUAUGGAAUGAUCUGACAACGAGAGUUACUAUAGUUGGGUGUUGAUAGUUGGGUGUGGGGGAUGGGG